AUGUCGACCGGCGUUCUUGCGGGAGGCCUUCCCGUCAACCCCUUCAGCAACCUCCGCGACCUCAUCGACCACCUAGACGACUGGAAGUUCAUCCUCAACCGCGAGGAGGCGGCCGUCCUCGGAGACGACAUCGACGCGAUCCUCGAACGCGCCGUAUUCCUCAACUACACCGGUCGAAACCUCUUCGCGACAUGGGACGAGCAGGUUUAUCCCCGCGCUAAUGCCAUAGCCAUUGCCGCCGACGACGUGGCCGGCGCGGCCGACGAAACGCUCUUCCUCACCGAGGAGGAAGACGAGCGCAUGGAUAUCUGCGUCGACAUGAGCGAGCACAUGUCCGAGGGCACCAUGGGGGCACUCAAGGGCCUCAUCUACCUCCGCACCAAGUCGCUCCGCUCCGCCAUUGACGCCCGCCUCGCCGCUGGUCCGCACACCAAGUGCGACUUUGCCGGCACCCUUCGCGUCCUAGAUGCGGCAUUCGACGCCUCGUACCAGCUGUACGUCAGGAGCUUUUACGAGUGUAUCGCGGUAGGCGACAGGAUGUUCGAUGUCGCCUUUACCCGAGUCGGUGGAGUCGCAGCGUACUUUAACCCGCCGGCGACGGACGACCAAGAGUCAAUUGUCUCCCAGGACAACGUCGAUACUGCCCCCAUUGGCGGGCCAGACACCCAGGCAAGCUCCGGCACUCACUCAUCCCCAGGGGACGUAGCAGGCCUCAUGGGCGGCUGGGACUUGGUCAUGGUCACUGUCGGAGAGGAUGGCCAGCCCCUCGCAACGGACGUCAACGACGACGACAAUGACUGGGUCACCGUGGUCGGCGACUCCAUCGACGAGAGCAACGAGAGCGACCCCGGAGAGGCGACCGGCACCCAGGCAAUCGACCCCCACGCCCGCUGUGCUCAGUGUGGUCCCGUCCUCGCUCCUUUCGCCCCCAUCAUUCGUCACUUCGCUGCCGCCCAGCGCAGGACGGACCAGGUGCUCACGCCGAUGGAGGACGUCUGGUGGGCCUGUGUGCCUCUGCCCGAGUGA